AUGUCUGAAGAUCAUCAACAACCUCCAGUAGAAGAACAAGAACAAAUAGAGGUUUCUGCCGUGCCUGAAGCCUCUGAGACCCCAGUUGAGUCGUCUGAAGCGCCAGAAGCACCACUGUCUCCAGAACGCUAUGAGCAGCCAGCCCCAGUGAACGAUUACCAAAAUGAGCAAAGGCACUCGUACCAGCCCUCGAAGCGCGUGUCUAUGGACGGCGAACUCUCUACUACUAGGCUAUUUGUCAGGCCUUUCCCAUUUGACGUGCAAGACUCGGAACUAAACGAGAUCUUUGCUCCUUUUGGUCCAAUGAAGGAAGUAAAGAUUCUGAACGGUUUUGCGUUUGUGGAGUUUGAGGAAGCCGACUCUGCCGCCAGAGCCAUCGAAGAGGUCAAUGGUAAAACUUUUGCCAACCAGCCCUUGGAAGUGGUAUACUCGAAGAUCCAGCCUCCCCGCUACCGUAUGGUUCUCAGAAACCUACCAGAAGGCGUUGCUUGGCAAGAACUUAAGGACCUGGCCCGCGAAAACAACCUGGAAACCACUUUUUCGAGCGUUAACACUAGAGAAUUCGACGGUACUGGUGCUCUAGAGUUCCCAUCUGAAGAAAUCUUACAAGAGGCCUUGGAAAAACUAAACAACAUCGAAUUCAGAGGCUCGGUUAUUUCAGCCGAGAAAGACGACAAUCCCCCUCCCAUUAGAAGGUUCAGAGGCGGUGACCGUGGUGGUUUCGGCGGUCGUGGCCGUGGUGGCUUUGGUGACCGUGGUGGGUUCCGUGGGGGCCGUGGUGGCUUCGGCGGUCGUGGCCGUGGUGGUUUUGGCGACCGUGGUGGGUUCCGUGGGGGCCGUGGUGGCUUUGGCGGUCGUGGCCGUGGUGGUUUUGGUGACCGUGGUGGGUUCCGUGGCGGUCGUGGCGGCUUCGGCGACCGUGGUGGGUUCCGUGGAGGUCGUGGUCGUGGCGACUCCUAUGGUCCUCCAAGAGGCUCCUAUGGCGCCCCAAGGGACGAAUACAGAGGCAGAGACGGCGGCGACUUUUACGGGUCGGCUCGUGAAAGAUCUCCAACUAGAUAA